UGGCGCCAUGUUGUGGCCCCGCCCCUUUACUCGCCGCUGAGCCUAUCGAGGGGGGGCAGCGGGAUCCAGGGCACACCGUGCUGCCAUUUAUUGUAAAUAGUGCGCUAUAAUAGGGGGAAUCCCUGCAGCCCGUCAGGCCGAUACACAGCUUCCGGCCGCUAGGACCCGCGAUCACAGCCUCCCUGAACGGACUGAGCCAUGGCCACCUCCACUCCCAGCAAUCCCAGGCAGUCCGCCCGGCGCAGCGCCGUGGGCACCCCGCUCAGUCCCACGCGGAUCUCCCGCAUUCAGGAGAAGGAGCAGCUGCAGGAGCUCAACGACCGCCUGGCCGUCUACAUCGACAAAGUGCGCAGCCUGGAGAGCGAGAACAGCGUGCUGCAACUGCAGGUCACCGAGCGCGAGGAGGGGCGCAGCCGCGAGGUCACCGGCAUCAAGGAGCUGUACGAGACCGAGCUGGCCGACGCCCGCAGGAGCCUGGACGACACGGCCCGGGAGAGAGCCAAGCUGCAGAUCGAGCUGGGCAAGCUGAGGGCGGACCACGAACUGCUCCUUAACAACUACUCUAAGAAGGAAUCUGAUUUCACUUCCCUACAAAGCCGGUUUCGUGAUAUUGAAGCUCUCCUCAACUCCAAAGAUGCAGCCCUGGCCACUGCACAAGGCGAGAACAAAUCCCUGGCGAUGGAACUGGAAGAUCUUAAAGCAGAGCUGUCUAAGUUUGAAGCUGCUCUAGCAAUGGCGAGGAAACAUGUUGGAGAGGAAACAUUGUUGAAAGUCGAUCUUGAAAAUCGCUGUCAGUCUCUAUCUGAAGAGCUUGAGUUCCGUAAAAAUAUGUUUGAAGAGGAAAUUAAGGAAACUCGAAGGAAGCAUGAGACUCGGUUGGUGGAGGUGGAUUCUGGUCGGGUAAUGGAAUAUGAACAUAAGCUUGCCCAGGCACUUGUUGAAAUGAGAACUCAACAUGAGGAGCAAGUUAAAAUUUACAAAGAAGAGCUUGAGAACACCUAUCAAGCUAAGCUGGAGAACGCCAGGCUGUCUUCUGAAAUGAACAGCUCUGCAGCAAACAGCUCUCGGGAGGAGGUUAUGGAAAGCCGCCUGCGGAUUGAUAGCCUCACGUCUCAGCUUUCUGAGCUUCAAAAGGAGUCAAGAGCAUGGCAAGAACAAUUGCAAGAACUAGAAGAAAUGCUGGCGAAGGAGAAGGACAACAGCAGACGACUACUGGCUGAAAGGGAGAGGGAGAUGGCAGAAAUUAGAGAUCAAAUGCAGCAGCAGCUUUGUGAUUACGAACAACUUCUAGAUGUGAAACUAGCCCUGGACAUGGAAAUCACUGCAUACAGAAAACUGCUGGAAGGCGAAGAGGAAAGAUUGAAAUUAUCUCCAAGCCCAUCUUCACGUGUGACCGUGUCUCGAGCUUCCUCAAGCCGCAGUGUUCGCACCACUAAAGGUAAAAGGAAGAGGGUUGAUGUUGAGGAAUCUGAGGCAAGCAGCAGUGUGAGCAUUGCUCAUUCUGCAUCUGCAACUGGUAACGUGUCUAUUGAUGAGCUGGAUGUUGAUGGAAAAUUUAUCCGACUUAAGAACAAUUCAGAGCAGGAUCAACCUUUGGGUGGCUGGGAAUUGACCAGAACUAUUGGAGAGACGUCUGUGAAUUACAAGUUUACCUCAAGAUAUGUGCUCAAAGCAGGCCAGACUGUAACGAUCUGGGCUGUAAAUGCCGGAGUUCCUGCAAGUCCACCAACUGAUCUCAUCUGGAAGAACCAAAGCUCCUGGGGAACUGGUGAAGAUGUCCAGGUCAUCCUGAAGAAUUCUCAGGGAGAGGAAGUAGCUCAAAGGAAAACUGUGUAUACAACCACUAUACCAGAAGAGGAAGAAGUGGAGGUGGAAGAAGAGGAGAUUUUUGAAGAGACACAAGAACCCCGCCGUAAGAAGCAAGGGGAACGAGGCUGUGCUAUCAUGUAACCUGGAUUCUGGAAUAUUCCCUCUAAACAGAUCUGAGCCUUCUGGAAGCGUCAACUAUUUUUGUAUUCUCAUACAAUUUUAUUUUAACUUUUAAAGAUGCCAAUUUUGAUGGCCUUAUUUUCUUUUUAUAAUGGAAAAAGAACAUCGGACAUUUUGUAAUGUAAUUGAUCUGUGACUUGCAAAAUGUGAAAACUGGUUUGUGCGCUGAUUGUAUUCGGGGGUUUUAAUGCAGUAGUGAAAUCAUGUGACUGCACAGCCAAUCUGAAUUUCUUUUUUGCCACCUGUUGGUCAUAUAUGACUAGUGUGGCUCCUCAUUUGGAGAAUGUCUGCAUUCAACUUUUCUACUGACUUAAUUUUAAAAAUGAAGCAAUUUCAGUUCUUGUUAUAUGGAUAUGUUUUGUACUGUUUUAAAAAUAAUUCAGCUGUUUUUAUUCAACUUUUUUAGACUAGUGUGGUGGGUGGGGUUGUUAGCUAUGUUAAAAGGUUUACGUGAACAAAAAUAAAACAAUGCUGGUUUUUAAUGUA